AUGGCCGAUAUAUUUGAUAUGGAUGGCUACGAGCAGCAACAACAACAACAGCUGCUUGCAAAUGGUAUAUCCAAAUUGAGUCUAGGUUUGCGCCAUAACCCCGACAUGCAACUCAACUAUAAGCUACUCGAUACUGAGGAUUUAAACAAUGACAUCAACGAUAAGAAUUGCAACAAUAACAAUGAUAUACCAGAAGUAGACGAAGAUCAAGGUGAUGAGGACGAUAGAUUCAACGAGAACCAUGCAGUUCGAGACUAUUAUCCUACUGAGAGCGCGCCAAUCAGGAUACAUGGCGACCUACGGCAAUUGCAAGUACCUAACCUUGAUUCUAGCCAAAGACCACCCUUUGCUAGACCGCGUCGCAAAUCCUCAAUAGUCUCUUCGUAUGAGGUCAGAAUUGGACAAGAAGACUUUAUAUCCUCAAGCUUGGUGAUAGAUAACACUACAUUUGUUGAUGGAACAGAGAGUAUUCGGGCUCUGCAAGCUCCCAUUUAUAAACCCAAACUAACUGAUUUUGAGCCAAUAAAAGUCUUGGGGAAAGGAUCAUACGGCAAAGUUUUACUUGUACGGGAAGUACGUACUGGCAAGCUCUUUGCGCUGAAACAACUACAAAAGGCAUCACUUAUCAUCAACCAAGAUGAGGGCGACGUACCAGAAUCCGACCCAAAUGCAACAAUACCAACAACAAUACCAACAACAGAACCUAAAUUGCACGCGAAAAAUUAUCAACGUACACUUAGUGAGAAACAAAUCUUGGAGAUUGUCAAUCACCCAAACAUUGUCAAGCUAUACUAUGCUUUUCAGGACAACAAUAAGUUGUACCUCAUCCUAGAAUACUUACAAGGUGGGGAAUUGUUCCAUCACUUGUCAAUGGAAAAGUUUAUGAGUGAAAAAAGUGCCGCUUACUACAUUGCACAAUGCAGUUUGGCACUCCACUACUUACACACAAGAGUCAAAGUUAUUUACAGAGACUUGAAACCAGAAAAUUGCAUGUUGAAUGCUAGAGGUGACUUGGUCUUGACUGAUUUUGGCUUGAGCAAAGUUGCGCCAGAUUCUGAUGACCCCAGCAAGAAACUAAAUUCGAUGACCGGUACAAUUCAGUACAUGGCACCCGAAGUCAUUGAAGGCCAAGAAUACGAUUACCUUGUUGAUUGGUGGAGCUUGGGAUGCGUCGCGUUCGACUUGCUUACAGGCUCACCGCCAUUCCCCGGCCUGAAUGCAGACAAGGUGUUGCAAAAGAUUAAAAAUUUUAAGAAAAAUUUAAAGUUUCCGUUUUACUUAAGCACAGAUGCCAAGGAUAUAUUACGCAAAUUAUUGCAAGUUGACCCGAACAAGAGAUUAAAUGUCGAUGAAGACUGGGAAAGAUUCAAAAAACACAAUUUUUUUCGCCACAUUGACUGGAGGAAAUUGGAAACUAUUGACAGCUUUGAUAAUAAACAUGAUGAUGAUGAUGAUGAUGAUGAUGAUGAUGAUUUCUUACCUCCAAUAUUGCCUAUCAUCACCGACCCUAUAUUAGCUGAAAACUUUGAUUCUGACUUCACCGAGAUGGAGUUUACGCCACACCAGCACGCUAGUCACUUAUCUCUGAAGCAAACAUUUUACAUGAAAGACUUUUCAUACAUCAAUCCAAAAUUUUUAGACAAUUUUAAGCCAAGUGAGGAGAAAAUCAUUGAAUAA